AUGUCUGGAGGAUAUUCAGUCUUGGAGCUUUCUGCAGAAGACUUGCGGUUGAUGCUGGCAGCCCAAGUUCAUGUAGGGGAGACGACCAUGAACUUUCAGAUGGCCAAUUAUGUACACGGACGUACCAAAGAGGGAUUCCAUAUAUUCAAGCUGGAUAAAACAUGGGAAAAAAUACUUCUUUCUGCACGCGCUAUUGCAGCAGUCGACUAUCCAGCAGGGGUUUUUGCAAUCGGAUCCAGGCCAUAUACGCAACGUGCUGUCUUGAAAUUCGCUAAUUACACUCGUACAACAGCUAUGGCAGGUCGCUUCACUCCUGGAGCUUUCACAAAUCAAAAGCAAGCAUGCUACAGAGAACCGCGUCUCCUUGUUGUCAGUGAUCCUCUGAGUGAUCAUCAGGCUGUAAUUGAGGCUAGUUGUGUAAACGUUCCAGUGAUCGCAUUUUGCAACACUGAUACACCUUUACAUCGUGUCGAUAUUGUUAUCCCUUGUAACACUAAGUCUACUCAUUCAAUUGCUGUUGUUUGGUGGAUGCUUGCUCGUGAAGUCCGACGUAUACGGGGAGAAGAUAUAAGACUACAACAAUGGAGCGUGCUACCGGAUUUAUUUUUAUACCGUGAUCCUAGCGACGAAGAACAAAAUGCUGAGGAAGCUGAUGAUGCUAGAUUGGAGCCAGCAAUCCCAGUCAAGUCUGUUGUCAAGUAUAAUGAUCUCAAGGCUUAUUGCUUUUUAAGAAGUGCUGUGAAUUUGUAACAUAUCCGUCGAAAGCACACUGAUGUAGCAAGGAGUCCAGAUGGACAUCACAAGUUCUUCAAUGGUUACUGCUAGACAUCCUAAUAUGUAUCUCAACUCCUAGGUUUGCAGCUACUGUUAUUCUGAGAUAUUAGAAUCUUUGAUGGGUUUCAUAUAAAACACUGGUGGCACUUCAUGAUACAUCUGUGUUCCACUUUCGUUUCCUUUGUCAAUUCAAAUUAUGUCCAGGUGUGUAAACAGAAGUGGGCACAGUCUGCCUACGAUGCAUUUCCCUUCAAAGGUCUUCCUAUUCACAAAAUCUUCAGAUACGUUGUUUCCCUUCGCGAAGGUGGCUCGAGAACUCACAGAAACAACGGAUAAUUGUGAGUCUGAUUACAAAUUUCAAGUACCGUGUCACUUGGAGUGACAGCUGUGUAGUGUUCGUUCAGAACUCUACAAGUUUAUGCUCUUCUGCCCAGCGUAUUAGUUUGUCGGACACCGAUUUACGCAAUAUAUAAGUAGAUAUCAUUGGACCCUCGUUAAAAACAGUUUAGAUGUUACACAUCGAUGUAUAAUUUCCCGAAGGAAAAGUGCUUGAAUUAAGAAUAAUAGCAGAGGUACGGUAAAUAAUUUACUGUAGAUUCUAGUUUGCAUUCACGUUUCGGUAGUCGAUCGUUAGGUUGUAUUGUAAUAAAGAUGUGUUAAUGGUGUAAUCCUUUGUGUCUGCUAAUGAACAAUCAUAACGUGACUUUAUUUUUCUAGGUGCUGAUGUGGAGGCCGCAGAAACAUGGGGAGUCGAGCCAACUAUGCCUGUUGGAUCACUUGGUGAUAUGGGUCUUCCUGCCUCUGGUUAUGGUCCUGUUGGUGGAGCUGCUGGCGGAGGUUGGAGUAAUCUGGAUGCUGAUCCAACAGAAACUUGGUGGUUUGGUUCGUAUACGAGCUGUGUUAGUUCAUCUGUUCAGCUCUAACAAUGAUCAGGAAGUCUCAUGGCUUUUGUGAAUCCUUCUUGACUUGCUGAAAAGGAGCACUUGAGUCAAUCUUGAGAAACAGGUACCUUGUAUCUCUGUUUUCAAAUUUGACUGAUCCAUGACUGCCUAAAUAGUUAUACUACGGUUAUUGAUUUCUUUGGUACUCUCGCUAAUAGUUAAUUCUAGAAGGAAUAGAAUGGCUAGCUGCUUUUUGUAGUUUUUCAAAAUUUUUUUACUUCAGUCUCACAUCUAUGUCUAACAUUAUUAGCAUGAAAUUCAUAACUAGGCACUAACAGUUUAAUAUGCACCAGAAUAUUAAAUAUCGAGUUCUUUUAGGAUUUUCGUAUUGUACUGGAUUCGUCUGAUUGUGGAGUGACGGUUAACUUCUCUAGUUGGAAAUCACAUGGAAAGACGAAAGUGUACAGGCGAAUUUUGCAAACGACUUUAAUGUUGACAUUGAUAGUUGUUUAGACUCUAAAUACCUACAUCUCACACAUUUCGGUUUGUCACUUCAUAGAUCAUGCUAUAUAUUGUCGAUGAGGUAUGUAUUGAUGGUUAUUAGCAUUCCACUUAGGCCAGAAUCAGUCUGUUCCUGAAACCCACGUUCCGUUGAAGCCACAUGGACUUCACACGCAGUAAAUAUCUAUUGACCUUCCUUUGCAUUCCACAGAGUCUAUCGACUUCUUCAGUUUGUUGAAUCGGUGGUUCACACUUGCUCAUUGGAUAAACCAGAUUUUCUACGAUUGCCCUUCAUGGUCAUUAGCUAGUUUUCUGCAGUGUUGAAUACACGAAUGCCAAGACCGAAUUACCAGGUUUCCCUUCUGUUCACACAGGUUUUCUAAGAUCUUAUACGGAAGAAUUGUAGAGAUGCAAGUGGUAGCUAAGUAUCUUUCGGGUUUCUUGACAAUCUUAGUUGAUUCUUUUCAAAUGAAUGUAAACUGCAUCUUUCGCACCAUGUCUUUAGGACAAUGAUGGGGUAUGGUCGGCGUAUCUCAGUGUGCUGUACUCAACGUAUCUCAAUCACUAGUUUGAUUGUCAUGACCACAAUACCUGGAACCACCGGAAGGAUAUUUUGUGAUAACCUAGGUUAGUUCAUCCUUGUCAAAGGACCGAUGUUGCUCUAGAAAUCACUUUUGACUUGUUGGAACAUCAAAUUUUGACACUCAAAAGACUAGUUCUCAACAUUUGUGGUACACGGUGUGCGAUACAAUAUACUGGAUUGUACACUUCGUAGUCUGUUCGACUCCGACCAUCUGCACUUCCGGGCUUAGCCAUCGGCAAUGGUUAUGAGGAGUUUGCAGUUUAAGUUCAGACUAGUGACUGAAUUUCAUGGAGUCUUCUAGAGGGGAGAAUAUAAGUUAGAAAUGUGUAGCUUAAAAAGGUUCUGAAAGACCGCAAACCUGGUGCUAAUGCUCAGAAAAAAUGCCCAGUGAUACUUUUUCGAAUGAUGAUUAAUAGCAUCACAUCUGCUUCGUUUGAAGUGCUUUUUCAGUUUGCACCUUAGAUGAGUGCCCUUCUUUACGAAGAUGUGCAACACAAAGAGUUGAGAUACGUCGAGAGAUCUAGACAUUUCACUUCAUUUCCAAACUUAGGUGCAAGAAUUCCUCAACACCCGAUUUGAGUAAAUGACGAAUUGUGUUAGAGAAGGGGGAGCGAAGCUUUAUUAAUCAAGUUAGGGAGUGGUAUAAAUACACUGAUAUUAUUGAGCAGUAGAUUGAGCUCGAAACGUCAUCCAGUGGUUGAUAUUCGCCGUGUUAUAUAAAAUAAGUAAUAUUCUACCACAGUACUCAGAUUCUGCUACUAUGUUUCUAGCGAAAAGUUAUUUCCCUACUGGAUGUAGGUCCUGGGGCGCUGUUCAGUGAGGUAGAGAAUGGUUCGCUGGCAUGACGUUACAUCAGUUGUGGGUUUAGAGUAAUCACUCGUGAGGUGCAUUUUGGCGAGUUGAUUAUUGAUAGAUUUCGGUCAUUGUAUUUUUACUUAUUCGAUGUUUUGUGUGGAUGUUUAGGAGUGCGUCAAAUUUCCAAGUUUGUGUAUGUUCCAUACAAUUACUUAGAGUGAGCAAUUUACUUCUAAAGUUAGCUGGCAGAUAUUUUAUUGUCUUCAUAACUAACCAUGAAAGUCAAAUUUAUGACACUCUAAUAUUUGCCAUAUGGGGGCUGCAUUUCACGUACAUGUGGUAACGCAGAGUCGUCUUUUAUGUAACAUGAUUGGCUCAUAAUAAGUAGUCGCAAGUGGUACAAGUUUUAGAUUUUGAGAAUUGAUCACAGACUAAUUUCAGUUACAAGGAUAGCUUUGUGAUCAGUAUCUCAUCGGUCUGUGUGACGCAGUCAACUAGAAAACAGGAAAAAUAUAUGGUAGAUUUCCAUUUUAUUAAGCACUAGACCUAUUAAAGGUGGUUGAUUACAUCUGCUGGAAAUAAAGUACUGCUAUACAACCAUAUUUAGUAGGAGAAGUUUGAGAAUCACUUGGAUUGCCUAAUUUUUGAAUUCUUCUCAUUGUGCACUUAGUAUCGAGACAUAAAUUACGUAUAGGAGUUAGUCUAGUUUAUGUUAGGCAAAAUUCAAAAUGUCUUUAGUACAACCUUAAAAUAACAACGUUCCAGAGGUUUCAGUAGUCCCUUGACGUUCAGUGUGGUCUUAUCAAGACUGAAGUUCGUUGGUUGGCCAAUCCUUCAUUCUUCUUGUCUGUUUCAUGCGUAACCGUUGAUUGCUUUGCAUGCUUUAUUGUAUCACGAUUAAAGACUAUUAUUGUUGAAAUGUAGGUUUUCUUUGGAUGAGCAUUUUGUUUUUCUCAUUUCAUAACAUUUUCUUACGUGUCGAUUCAAUAAAGAUGCAUUUAAGAUAAAUACUUGUCUUGUAUCUGUGUUCAUUAGGAUUGUCUGAGUAAUUUUAGUUGCAAGAGAGAGGUUAUUUUGAAUCAACGGUUGAAUAUAUUUGACUCGUAUGUAUACUAAGUGUAUUUUUCACAAAGAUUUCACUAUUGG